GCCCAUUGCCUUCAGAUCGCGUGGUGCAGUCGCAGGAGUUACGGUGUCACGAUAGGAACAGCACGUUUAUUUUGACCAGGAGUAGUGAGUAUUCAGUGGUCUGCUGCCAUGCCGGGGAAGAGGCCAGUAAAGAGGGUGACCCAACCGGAGGACAUAAAACCCCCUAAAAAAGUGAAAGUGUCCCACAGUAGCCAUGGUAAGGAGAAGGGGCUGGUGCUGGUUUUGGGGCAGGGCGACGUGGGCCAGCUAGGCCUGGGGGAGGAUGUAUUGGAGCGGAAGAAGCCCGCUUUGGUCAGCCUGCCAGAGGGGGUGCUGCAGGCCGUGGCGGGGGGCAUGCACACAGUCUGCCUCAGCGAAACGGGAAACGUGUACACAUUCGGCUGUAACGAUGAGGGCGCUCUCGGGCGGGACACUGCAGAGGAGGGGUCGGAGACGAGCCCGGGGAAGGUGGAGCUGGGGGAGCGGGUGGUGCAGGUCUCUGCCGGGGACAGCCACACAGCCGCUCUCACUGAGGAGGGGGUGGUCUACGCCUGGGGCUCCUUCAGGGAUAAUAACGGAGUCAUCGGUCUGCUGGAGCCCAUGAGGAAGAGUGCGUCACCUGUCAAGUACCUGAUUGACGAGCCGGUGGUUAAAAUUGCGUCAGGUAACGACCACCUGGUGAUGCUGACGGUGAGCGGGGGGCUGUACAGCUCGGGCUGCGGGGAGCAAGGGCAGCUGGGAAGGGUUCCGGAAUGCUUCGCCAACCGGGGGGGCAGGAAGGGCCUCCAGCGGUUGCUGGUCCCGCAGGCGGUGCCCCUGCGCUCGCGGGGUAAGGUGCACUUCACAGACGUGUUCUGCGGGGCGUACGUCACCUUCGCCGUGUCCAGAGAGGGCCACGUGUACGGCUUCGGCCUGUCCAACUACCACCAGCUGGGCACUCCAGGUACAAACACCUACUUCGUCCCCGUCAAACUGACCGCCUUCAAAAACUCCACCACCUCCUGGGUCAGCUUCGCUGGAGGCCAGCACCACACUGUCUGCCUCGACUCAGAAGGGAAGGUGUACAGUCUGGGGAGGGCCGAGUACGGCCGUCUGGGGCUCGGUCCGGGGGCAGAGGAGAAGAGCGAGCCCACGCCUGUCCCAGGCCUCGACUCCGCCCAGGUGGUGGCCUGUGGAGCCUCCGUCAGCUACGCUGUCACUAAGCAAGGCUGUGCGUUUGCGUGGGGGAUGGGGACGAACCUGCAGCUGGGCACGGGGGAGGAGGACGAUGAAUGGUCCCCAGUCCUGAUGAGCGGAAAACAGCUGGAGAAGCGCGCAGUGAUCAGCCUGUCCAGCGGGGGGCAGCACACCGUACUACUGGUCAGAGACAAGCAGGAGUGCUGAUAGGCCGGCCAGGGAAGGGGGUGUGCCUCCUGGAGGGGGCUGCAUCCUGAUCAGCAGGGGCAAAGCAAGAGGAUUAUUUUUUAAAUCUAGUUUAAACUUUUUCUUUCUUAAUUACUUUUAAGGAGACUCUUUAGUGAGUGAUUCAGGGAUGUCAAUAUUUAAUGACUGUUGGCUGACUGGAGAAACACACACACACACACACCUAGCGCGCACACACACACACACACACACACACGCCUAGCGUGCACGCACACACACACACACACACACACACACGCCUAGCGUGCACACACACACACACUGGACAAUAACAAGCCAGUCAAGUGUCUUCAGCCCAAACCCUCCCUUCACAGGUGUUGACAUCAUUGCGUUUCCUGACAGCCGUGGGGGCCUGGGGUGCAUCGGCACUCAUGCAGCCCGAAUUAUGACAGACUUUUCUGGGGGGGGGGGGGGGGUGCAGAAUUUACACCCGGUUUGUUGUAGAAUCCUUGUUUUUCUUUGUAUAACUGGUACCAUCACCAAGUCCUGUCUCAUCCCAUAACAUUUCUUUGUACCCAUUACACACACAUUUGCUGGUCCUAUUGGGAAAUGAAUAAAAAUUUUAGUUUUUACCUGA